GUUUAUUAGAGGGUAGGAUCCAGAGUUUUAUUUUACUGGCUCUCCCAAAGGGAAGUUGGGGGGAAAUAUGAAUUAGAGAGAACCGAUAUUUAGUUUAUUUCAUUCAAUCCUCAGAGUAUCUGCGCGGUGUUUUCGAUGAUUCCCCCUUUCUGGAGAAAGCAACUGAGGUUCAGGGGGACAGUGAUAAUGGAGUCCCAGCCUCCGCUUGCUUCCCUUAGCAACCCCAGGCCUUGAGUACAGGAAGUUCUCAUUAGUGGCAGAAGCAGGAAUGUGUGUUUGAAAAGCAGGAGAACGUGUGGAACAAUACACGACAUUUUUGUGACAUUCAUGACAGUGCCCUGAACAGCCUUCAGAAGCCGUUUGUCCACAUUAGUCAAGUCUACACCUAUUUUUGGAAACAGGAAAGUAUCCAGAAUUGUCAGCCAUUAUUUGACACCAAGGAUCUUCUGACCUUUAAAGACUGGAGUAUUAGAAAACCAGUUAUUUGCAUUAAAAAAAUUGUAAUCACUUUCCCCUUCUGUGUAGCAAUAUGGUAUGCAUGUAAUUUCAAAUUCCAAAUUACAUUUGUCCAUGUGGGGCACGGCGUUUGAGACAGGGCAAGGAAGUCUCAGCUGCAUCAUUCUCCUUUAAAAACAGAGCACCAACACCUUAACCUUGUUUUUCUUAAAUUUAACUCCUAGCAGGGAAGCUUUUUAUUAUUUCAGAUGGAAUGACGUUGACUACUGCAAGGAAGAAAAGAACCCCUUAUAUUUUGAUGGAUGCUGCUUUCUGUUAUCCAAGGCUGUUUUACUAGGAGCGGGGGCCAGUGGGGUCAGCGGAGAGCAUCGCGGCUGCGCGGUCCCAGCACUUUCGGGCGGGCUGGAGGGACACGCGGAGGAGCUGGCUGCCGCCGCAGGGAGGAAACUGGGAGGAGGGCACCCAGCCCGCGGGCGCUGCAUCCCAUCCCAAAGCUGGCCUGCUCCUGUCCUCACCUCUCCGGGAAAGCAGACCCUUUCCAGAAGCCAGUCAGCCUCAGGAGUCCGCGGCUACAGUGGGCCGAGGGUGGCAGGAACGCCCCUCCCCGCGGAAAGCCAGAAAGGGGCUCCGCGCAGCAGCCUGAGCCCGCGCGCACGCGGGACUCGCACUCGGGUCCCCAGACCCUUGCCCUGGCCAAGAUGCGCAACGCCUCUUUUGAGGAGCCCGGCCAGGCCAAUGAGUCCUGCCGCGCUCUGGCGCUGGGCUGCUCCAACGUGUCGAGCCCGGAGCCGCUGCCGCUGCCGCAGGCUCUGGCCGUGGCCGUGCCGGUCGUCUACGCGGUGAUCUGCGCGGUGGGACUGGCGGGCAAUUCGGCCGUGCUGUACGUGCUGCUGCGGGCGCCGCGCAUGAAGUCCGUCACCAACCUGUUCAUUCUCAACCUGGCCAUAGCCGACGAGCUCUUCACGCUCGUGCUGCCCAUCAACAUCGCCGACUUCCUGCUGAGGCGGUGGCCCUUCGGGGAGCUCAUGUGCAAGCUCAUCGUGGCCAUCGACCAGUACAACACCUUCUCCAGCCUCUACUUCCUCACCGUCAUGAGCGCCGACCGCUACCUGGUGGUGCUCGCCACGGCGGAGUCGCGCCGCGUGGCCGGCCGCACCUACAGCGCCGCGCGCGCCGUGAGCCUGGCCGUGUGGGGGCUCGUCACGCUCGUGGUGCUGCCCUUCGCGGUCUUCGCCAGGCUCGACGACGAGCACGGCCGGCGCCAGUGCGUGCUGGUCUUCCCGCAGCCCGAGGCCUUCUGGUGGCGGGCCAGCCGCCUCUACACCCUCGUGCUGGGCUUCGCCAUCCCGGUGUCCACCAUCUGCGUCCUGUACACCACCCUGCUGUGCCGUCUGCGGGCCAUCCGGCUGGACAGCCACGCCAAGGUGCUGGACCGCGCCAAAAAGCGGGUGACCUUCCUGGUGGUGGCCAUCCUGGCCGUGUGCCUCCUCUGCUGGACGCCCUACCACCUGAGCACCGUGGUGGCGCUCACCACCGACCUUCCGCAGACGCCUCUGGUCAUUGCCAUCUCCUACCUCAUCACCAGCCUGAGCUACGCCAACAGCUGCCUCAACCCCUUUCUCUACGCCUUCUUGGACGACAGCUUCCGCAGGAGCCUCCGCCAGCUGAUGAGCUGCCGCGCGGACGCCUGACUCCCCCGUGCCCAGCUUCUCCACCAGCCCUGCC